GCCGCACCCGCAAAGCACAGCAGCACACCCACCGCGGCUCCAGAGGCGGACCCCAUCGGCAACCGGCUCUGUCCGGAAAGCCCCCAAGCGCAACCGCUUCUUCCCGGAAAGGGCAAAAAGGAAACGCGCCUCGUCCGGUCGGACGGAAGCCCUUCUUCCCCUCCCCAUCCGCCGCCACUGCCCCGCGAGAUUCGGCGAGAAUUAAGGCACCAUAUCCUGCCUCCUCUCUCGUCUCCCUAUUUCUCUCUCACUCCCCACCUCCCGCGCAUUCCGCACCGAUAGGUAGGCUCACCCGGACUCGUCUCCCGCUCCCCCCUCCCUUUCCCAAAACCCUAGCGGGUUUCGACCUCCCAGGCCAAUCAGAUCGACCGCUGCCGCGCGCAAUUGUUGAGCCAUCGAGGUUUGACUUCAUACUGCCCUGCCCCAAAGGAUCAAGAUCGCAUCACCAGUGGAAGCCUCGGGGGCUGCUAAGUAACGUUAUCUGACUGGCUGACUGCGCCAUUGAUAACCUUGGGUUACAACUGCACAGGAGGCUGCGACCCACAGGCCAUCCGGGGCUCAUUGCAGCUGACGAAGCCCCUGCAGACUACUCCCCGACAAUAUGGCGACAGCGACAAUGGCAACCGCCGCGGGGGCCGCGGCACUGCUUUACUACACACUGAACCGCCGCCUGCAGACAGAGAGGCUGAAUAAGGAAGGGGAGUGCAGCGAUAGCAGGGAUGUGACACCCAGGGCCGCACAGGGUUCUCCCAGCAGGAGCCGUGUAUCGCGGAGGGACGUCCGCGCCCCUGCCACCUGGCUUGAGACUAUCUCGACGCUGUCAGAGACGCUGCGGUUCACGUAUUCAGAGACCCUUGGGAAGUGGCCGAUCGGCGACCUUGCCUUCGGGAUCAGUUUCCUCCUCAAGAGACAGGGAAACUUAUCUGUAGCAAGCAUAUACGCUGGAAAUGAUAGUGUGGAGCUCAAAGGAGCUGAAGUAAUUGCUGAUUUAAAGUAUCUUCUCAAUUUGCUGACACUUUGCUGGCAUUUCUCCAAAAAGCCAUUCCCGUUGUUUUUGGAGGCGACUGGCUACACUACGGAGGAUGUUCUUAUGCAAGAACCUAAAGCAGGAAUUUUGAAGCCAGCUUUCACCAUUUUGCUUGAUAGAGACAAAAAGUCUAUACUUCUAUUAAUUAGGGGAACUCAUAGCAUCAGAGAUACAUUAACAGCUGCCACUGGUGCUGUGGUUCCAUUUCACCAUACCAUUGUACAGGAAGGUGGUGUUAGCGACUUAGUACUAGGAUAUGCUCAUUUUGGGAUGGUUGCCGCUGCUAGGUGGAUUGCAAAGCUCUCAGGGCCUUGUCUGGCACAAGCAUUGCAGAUGUACCCAGACUUCAAAAUAAAGGUUGUUGGACAUUCACUGGGAGGUGGUACAGCUGCUCUGUUGACAUACGUUCUGAGGGAACAGAAGGAGUUUGCCUCUACUACUUGUCUGGCAUUUGCUCCAGCUGCAUGUAUGACAUGGAAACUGGCAGAGUCAGGAGUGCAUUUUAUCACUACAGUCAUCAAUGGAGCUGAUCUGGUUCCAACAUUUUCUGCUGCGUCAGUAGAUGAUCUUCGUUCAGAGGUUACAGCGUCAGCUUGGCUAAAUGAUCUCCGCCACCAAAUUGAACAAACCAGAAUCCUAAGCACUUUUUAUCGUUCUGCGUCAGCCUUGGGAUCCCGGCUUCCAUCUAUGGCAAAUGCUAAAGCAAGAGUAGCUGGUGCUGGCGCCAUCUUAAGACCUGUAUCUACUGGGACGCAGGUUGUAAUGAGGAGAGCUCGCAGUGUAGCACAGGCAGCAUGGACAAGACCAGCACUGCAACUGUCCUCAUGGACUUGUAUUGGGCCAAGACGGCGAAAUAAUAUAUCUACCUCAACUGUCACAUCAGAGGAAAUAAUAGCAUCUACAGGCGGUGGAUCUGAAUCCACUUCAUUGUUGACUGAAACCACUGCGGAAACCACAGAGACAGUUACAUCAGAAGCUGUAUCAGAAGUGGUUCAGAGUUCUGUUUCUGUGGCGGUCGAUGCUGUUGACUUGGUAGAUGACAAGGGAGAUAGCGAUGAUGACAUCGUCGAUCACCAUGGGGACGAGGACAGGAUGACUGAUGUGGAGCUGUGGCAGCAACUUGAAAGUGAGUUGUACCGGAAGAGGGAGGGAGAAGAGGAUGACAUAGCCGAAGAGAUGGCUGAAAGUACAAUUGCUGAGGAGGUGGGUGGCGUGGCUGAAGAUGUGCUCAGCGAGACAAAGGAAGUGCAUAGGUUCUACCCUCCUGGAAAAAUCAUGCACAUAUUAUUCUCCAGCAGGGAAGAAGCAGAUCGUGGAGAGGAGCCUGAGGAUGAUGUUACGGAUGGGGAGGCACAAAGCAGCAUAGGGAUCUUCUUGACGCCAAGAUCUCUGUACGGCAAGCUGAGGCUUUCGAAAAUGAUGAUCAAUGACCAUUACAUGCCUAUAUACAGAAGAAACAUUGAGCAGCUGAUCGCGGAGCUUGAGAAGGAUUCCUCGGAUCAAAUAGGGUGCGUCAGGUGUAGUUGACCGUUGUAAGAGCUGAUCAAAUAGGGUGUUAUAGGUCCGACAUGUGUAUAUACUUGCUUAAGUUUACCGCUUCCCUUCUGGCUGUGUCCACAUGAGAUGACUAACCUAUAGAGGGUGGAUAGGGAUUGGGAGGCAGAUCCUUCAUGUUGCACGAGAAGCGUAGAACACCCCUUUUCACUGUACAAACUAGAUAUAAUAAGAAAAUCAUCAUGGAGAUUCUGAUUCAGGAACGUUUCA